AUGGCUUCUCCCGUUCCCCGUGGCCUUCGUCAGGUCCUCCAGAAGUCUCCUUCGGACAUCGUUAUUCUUUCGGCACUUCGUACGCCAGUAACUCGAGCAAAGAAGGGUGGCUUCAAGGAUGCUUAUCCCGAAGAACUCCUUGCAAAUGUUCUCAAGGCGACCCUUGAGGUAAACCCGAACUUGGAUCCUGCUCUGAUCGAGGAAGUCGCUAUUGGAUCUGUGCUCCAGGAGCUUGGUGGUGCGAAAGCAGGACGUAUGGCUCAGAUUCACGCUGGCUUCCCCCACACCGUUCCUUUCCACACGAUCAACAGGCAAUGUUCAUCUGGUCUCGCCGCGAUUACUGCCAUUGGUAAUGGAAUCCGUGCCGGUGCCCUGAAUGUCGGUGUCGGUGGUGGAAUGGAAUCCAUGACUCGUAACUACGGUUCUCGGGCUAUCCCCACUGUCCUCUGGCCCGAGCUGAAGGACUCGCCGUCGAAGGAUGCCAGGGAUUGCAUCAUGCCUAUGGGACUCACCUCUGAGAAUGUCGCGUCCAGAUACGGUAUCUCGAGAGCGGAUCAGGAUGUAUUUGCUGCCGAGUCGCACAAGAAGGCCGCAGCUGCUCAACAAGCCGGCCUAUUCGACGCUGAGAUUGUGCCCGUGAAGACUCUCUCUUUCGACCGUGAGAACCCUGAUGCCCCUCCCAAGGAGAUCACUGUCGCGAAGGACGAUGGCAUUCGCCACAAUAUCUCCGCUGAGAAGAUGGCCACAUUGAAGCCUGCCUUCGCAGCAGAUGGCGCCAGUACCGCUGGCAACAGCUCGCAAGUCAGUGACGGCGCUGCUGCUGCUCUGUUGAUGCGCCGCUCUACCGCCACCGAACUUGGCCUGACUUCAUCAAUCCAGGCUCGCUGGGUCGCUACCGCUAUCGCUGGAUGCGCUCCCGACGAGAUGGGCGUUGGACCCGCGGUCGCUAUCCCCAGGCUCCUUGAGAUGGUUGGCAUGAACGUUUCGGAUGUCGGAAUUUGGGAAAUCAACGAGGCGUUUGCUUCUCAGGCUCUGUACAGUGUACGCAAGCUCGGAAUCGACGAGGCCAAGGUGAACCCUAAGGGUGGUGCUAUUGCCAUUGGUCACCCAUUGGGUGCUACUGGUGCUAGACAACUCGCCACUCUGCUUCCUGAGCUUCAGCGCACUGGCCAGGACGUUGGUGUGGUCAGCAUGUGCAUUGGAACUGGAAUGGGCAUGGCUGGUAUGUUCGUUCGGGAGUAA